GAUCAAAACUGGUCCGGUGGCUGUCUCAAGCAAAGAGACGGGUGAUCACGAAGCUUCCUCACCGGUGUUCAACAAGCCAAAUCUCCACGUUUCUCGUCAAACCCAUGCAUGCAUCCCCCUCGAAUCACAAGGCUGCAUGCAGUCAACAGCGAUCCCACCACCCCUCGCAAGAGCCACUAUAAAAGUUCCCGAGGGAAGGCUUCCGUCGAGGUUCAAGCUCUCCGCCUCGUUUGCUCAUGGAAGCCACGAGAGGGAAGAAGAAUCCAGCGGAGGACCGGAUGUGCGGAAGGGAGAUCUUCCCGGACCUCUGUUCGCCGGCGCCCGUCCGGCUCACCGUCUGGUGCAAGUCGCUCCUCUUCCACGGCCACGGCUACACCGUUUACGAUGACUCUGACGGCCGGAUGGUCUUCCGCGUCGACAACUACGCCCACAACUGGAGGCAGGAGACCGUGCUCAUGGAUUACACCGGCAAUGUCCUGCUCACCAUCCGCCGCCGUCGCAAGAUUCUAAACUUGACCGAGAGCUGGGAGGCCUACAAGGGCGACAAAGACGUGCAAAGGAUGGUCGGAGAGAGAAUGCCUCUGUUCAAGGCAACGAAGAACCUGGGCUGCCAUAGUUGCACCAUAUCCAUGUUCACGGGCUGUGGAGUGAAGCCUUUAGGCUACAGGAUGAACUGGUCGCGAGACAAGGAGUGGUCGAAGAUCUACCAGGCUGCAGCAAACACACCGGUGGCUGAGGUUAGCAGAAAGUGCGGUUCGAUGGCGAAGAAAUUACUCGACAAGGAUGUUCUAACCCUGAGGGUGCAGCCUGGGAUGGAUCAAGCUCUGGCAAUGGCAAUGAUCAUGAUCACUAAUUCAAUGAGAUGAUCACAACAAUACAUAAACACACACAGGAGGAAUGUGAAUCUGUAGCUGCACAAGUAGUCCAUUAAUCUUCGUUUGUUACACUUGUUGGUGGCUCUUGAAGCUACAUGCUCGAGGCUUCUCCUUUUUCCUUUGUCCAUGUAUUCAUAUUGACACCUCUCUUUUCAUGAGGUUUUAUUAGUUCAAUUCAAUUACUUCAUCCA